CGGUGGUGCCGGUGUGUGCUCGGCGGUGUCUCCUUCUCCUCAGUCACGGCUCCGGCUCGGCCCCCCCGCGCCGCCAUGUCCGCGCCCAGCAGCGGCGGCGAGUUCGGGAACCCGCUGAGGAAGUUCAAGCUCGUCUUCCUGGGCGAGCAGAGCGUUGGGAAGACCUCUCUGAUCACCAGGUUUAUGUAUGACAGUUUUGACAAUACUUACCAGGCAACCAUUGGAAUUGAUUUCCUGUCAAAAACGAUGUAUCUGGAAGACCGCACGAUCAGGCUGCAGCUGUGGGAUACAGCCGGGCAGGAGAGGUUCCGCAGCCUCAUUCCCAGCUACAUCCGUGACUCUGCUGUGGCUGUCAUUGUCUUUGACAUUACAACAGGUUCGGCUGCAGCUUUGGGACACGGCAGGCCAGGAGCGUUUCCGCAGUCUCAUUCCCAGCUACAUCCGCGACUCUACUAUUGCUGUGGUAGUCUAUGACAUUACAAACUUGAAUUCUUUCCAGCAAACCUCCAAGUGGAUUGAUGACGUUCGGACAGAGAGAGGGAGCGAUGUCAUCAUCAUGUUGGUGGGGAACAAAACUGACCUGGCAGACAAGAGGCAAAUCACCACAGAAGAAGGUGAACAGAGAGCCAAAGAGCUGAAUGUGAUGUUUAUUGAGACCAGUGCAAAGACUGGAUACAAUGUGAAACAGCUUUUCCGUCGUGUGGCUGCUGCCUUACCUGGGAUGGACAGCACACCAGAGAAGAGCAAAGAAGACAUGAUUGAUAUCAAACUAGAGAAACCUCCUGAGCAGCCAGUAACGGAGAGCGGGUGCUCCUGCUAACAGGCCCGUUCUGUAGCAGCACAUUCCCCAACCGGCCAGUCUCACUGAAGAACAUCACUGCUCAUUGGCAACCCUACUCUGUGGGCUGAAAAACCAAUCUACUAAAGCGAGCGAACUCCCUGUUUACUGGUGGGGAGCAGCCCCGGCCGCCCCUCUUACUGCAUGGUAUGAGCCCUGAGUGCAGAAUGAGUGUCCUGUCUUUCCUUUUCUUUUCUUUUAUGUUGUUGCACUUUGGCACUGUGGUGCCCUUUACAGUCUCUCUUCCUCUCCUCCUCCCUCUCUUUUCCACCUCGAGCCUCUCUGCUCAGAUAUAUCUUGUGAAUGCAAUUGGAAAACCCACCAAGUUAGGGAAGACAAAAAUAAAGCUUGGGGGUAGGCUUUCCACCUUCCUCACUGCCUUGCAUCCUUGGCCACUCCAGCCCUGCCUUUAUCCUGCAUCCCCACUUCCUCUGUUGAAAGGCUGCUCCUUUUAAACCGGUCAGUUUGACUUGGCCUUGCCUUUUUUGGACAAUACAGGUUAUCUGUUUCUAGGCUUUUGCUUCCUGCAGGGCACACACAGUAUUAGCUCCUCAGUUUCUCCUUUCUGUGGAUGAUCUUGGCUAACUCUUGCUCAUGACUUCUGAGUUUUGCCCCUCAUGUCACACACAGCACUGAGAACCCCAAACUCUGAUAGCUUUGGCCUUGUUGCUUCCAUUUGUAUAGCAGAGACAUCCCACAGACCACUCUGCUCCGUUGGAUUAUCUUCCCAUCCAGAGGAUGUUGGCGCUUGGUGAAUGUUGGCUGUCAGAUGCGGGGAAGGAAGAGGGUAUAGAGGCUUCACAGCAUGAGGCUGGGUGGAGAAGAAACCCUCAGGGUGGUUUGUAGAGACCUGGGUCCUGUCUGUCUACAGCAAAAGUGAGCAGUUAACCUGAAAUCCAUCACUACAGGAGCAAUACGUACUGUAGGAGCCAUGGAUGCUGCUCAGGCUCCUUUUCUGGUUUCUGUUCUCCUGUUACUUGUAACAUAGGACGGCAGAUUCUUCACGUGGAGCCAGGAGAGCUGCAGCAGACCGAAGGCUGGUGAGGGCUGUUGUACUCUCAUGCCUGGGUUGGUGCUUGAUGAAGUCAUACACAUAGCUGCUUCACCCUUUGUAGCAGGCUUCUGGGAAUAGGGCUAGUAGCCAUUUCACUUUUGGGGUAGUUCUAAGCUGCAA